AACUGAAUAACUUGAAAUUUCACAUAUAGAUUUGUAAUUUACCGAGGGUGAUUAUAGGUCUAUUUUCAAUUUUUCAAGAUUUCAUUACGUCAGUUUUUCAGUCUAUCAUGCUUCUAAUUAGACCAUUGCGGAGCACGGGUUACCUCCUAGUCUAAAAUAUUAUCUUUCAGACUGGAAUGCCUGAUGGUGGAACACAAGCACAACAUUGAGAAGAUCCAGCGACAACGUCACAACAAGGUGGUCACCCAGCUCUACGAGUCUUUCCGGUCCGAAGUUGAGGCUGGCCUGCUGGCCUACAAGGAAGCUCGCCAAGAGUGGCUCGAGGUGUUCACGGUUGUUGACGAGGUGCGUCGAAUGCUCGCCGAAACGAACGCCAGUCAAACCACGCAGGUGCGACAGAGCAACAAUCAGAUGAACAUGUUGCAUUCUACGCUGGUCGAUGCCAAGAAGCGUCAGCAGAUGUGCAUGGAAUCGAGCAAAACAUUGGACGCGCAUAAGGAGGAGUUGCAUAGAGGUAUCCACGACAUGACCAUCCAGCACAAGCAUGACCUUCAACGCAUGUGCACCACAGUGGAGGCCCUUUGUGCUGAAAUCCGACGUCUGCGCACUGAGAACCGACGCAAGCAGCAGGUUAUCGACGGACUGUGCAAGGAUAUUGAUGGCGAUAAAUUUUAAUUUAUAAGAAACUUGAUUGAUUUUAAUGAAAUAAAAUACUUCUGACACAGUG